AUGAAGUCCCAAGCCGUCCUCUCUGUUCUCUUCGCCGCUUGCAGCGUCAUGGCCGCUCCAAUUGAUAACCAGAUCAACGAGCUGGCCUGCACCCUUUCCGGUGACAUGGCCUGCGCCGGUGUUGUCGAGAAGCGCGAGGAGCCCGAGAUCAACGAGCUCGCCUGCACUCUUUCUGGCGACAUGGCCUGCGCCGGUGUUGUCGAGAAGCGCGAGGAGCCCGAGAUCAACGAGCUCGCCUGCACUCUUUCUGGCGACAUGGCUUGCGCCGGCGUUGUCGAGAAGCGCGAGGAGUCCGAAAUCAACGAGCUCGCCUGUACCCUUUCCGGCGACAUGGCCUGCGCCGGUGUUGUCGAGAAGCGCGAGGAGCCCGAGAUCAACGAGCUCGCCUGUACUCUUUCUGGCGACAUGGCUUGCGCCGGCGUUGUCGAGAAGCGCGAGGAGUCCGAAAUCAACGAGCUCGCCUGUACCCUUUCUGGCGACAUGGCCUGCGCCGGUGUUGUCGAGAAGCGCGAGGAGCCCGAGAUCAACGAGCUCGCCUGUACCCUUUCCGGUGAUAUGGCCUGCGCUGGUGUUGUCGAGAAGCGCGAGGAGCCCGAGAUCAACGAGCUCGCCUGCACUCUUUCCGGUGACAUGGCCUGCGCCGGUGUUGUCGAGAAGCGCGAGGAGCCCGAGAUCAAUGAGCUCGCCUGUACCCUUUCCGGUGAUAUGGCCUGCGCUGGUGUUGUCGAGAAGCGCGAGGAGCCCGAGAUCAACGAGCUCGCCUGCACUCUUUCCGGUGAUAUGGCUUGCGCCGGCGUUGUCGAGAAGCGCGAGGAGCCCAAGAUCAACGAGCUCGCCUGUACCCUCUCGGGUGAUAUGGCCUGCGCAGGUGUUGUGGAGUAG